UUGUGAUGGGUUGUCGUUUUUAUCGGGACGUUCAUCUGAAGUCUGGUGGAAAUUGUAGUUAAGAUGGGUCGCGAUUCGUACUAGUGCAAGUGUGCGUUAUUUAAUCGUAUAUACGAUUCCUGAGCGAUCAUGAAACGAAUUAUGAUCUUAACAUCAUCCGGUUUCGUAGAUAGAAAGUGCAGUGCCCUAUAAAAGUUAAUCCUUCAUUUGCAGUAUAUGUCAAGAAGAGAAGGGUUACUGCACAAAUAACAGUUAUCUUGUCGCGCUCUCUCACACCCUGCAGACGACACACUGUCACAGCAAGAAGGAGAAGCACCACACCACUGAGAAACGGUUGAUCGGAGUGAGACAGCAGAAAGGGAAACUUCUGUCAACUGCUGAUGUCCGGUCGUAUUUGGCGUUUGUUUGUAUGCAUGCGCUAGUCGGUUGUCCAGACAGCAGUGAUCUCUGGUUGUGUAGAGAAUUGAAGCAGUGGCAGCAUUUGCAGCAAGCAGAAAUGAUUCUGCUGAUGAUGAACGUCAGUCUGGAUGAAGUCAUGAAGUGAAGUGUGACAGGUGGAACGAGAUGCGGUGGGUUUGGUGUGUUAUGACGGUGUUCGUGUAUUGCUCUCUGUGUAUAUUGGCCCAGUGAGUGAGAAGCAAAAGUUGUGUCGCGUAUUCUAUUCGUUUUCUUACCGUGAAAUAUUUAUUAUUUGCAUUAUGAAAUUUGUCGUGAAAUUGUUCUGGGAUUGGCGAUGAAAAGUUCCCAAGUGGUUGAUCGAAGAGCUGAAAACAACGGUGAAGAAUCCCCUGCGACGGGAUAGUUUAGUUAGUCUUUUUUUUUGUGUCCCUAAAUAAGACGAGGAAGGAAAGUGUCUGUACAGUGUUUUAUUUUCGUGGUUGGUUUAUUCAGUGCGGCCAGGAGCCCUCGAACAUCGGGAGGGUGGUGUAUGUGUAUUGUGGUUGAAAGUUUUGAUAAAUGUCAAGAUGGCGGCUACAAACCGAGCUCGUCCGCAGCCGAGAACUAACAUCUCGUUCUUCUCGAAGAUCCAGGGCAAGAUAUCGGAUGCCUGCGCCCAGCAAAAGUUCCUAACGGACAAAAAGACCCUGGAGAAAACCUGGAAGCUGAUGGACAAAGUCGUCAAGCUUUGCCAGCAGUCGAAAAUGAAUCUGAAAAAUUCUCCCCCCUUCAUACUGGACAUCCUGCCGGAUACGUACCAGCGGUUGCAUCUGAUCUACUCCAAGUACGAGGAUCAGAUGCACCUUCUGCACGGCAACGAGCACUUCAACAUCUUCAUCAACAACCUGAUGCGGAAGUGCAAGCAAGCCAUCAAACUCUUCAAGGAGGGCAAAGAGAAGAUGUUCGACGAGAAUUCCCACUACCGGAGAAAUCUCACCAAGCUGAGCCUGGUGUUCUCGCACAUGCUGAGCGAGCUGAAGGCUAUCUUCCCGAAUGGACUGUUCGCGGGGGACCAGUUCCGCAUCACCAAAGCGGAUGCGGCCGACUUCUGGAAAACCCGUUUCGGAAAUAGCACACUGGUACCGUGGAAGUUUUUUCGGCAGGAACUGUCCCUGGUCCAUCCGAUCUCCUCCGGACUGGAAGCGAUGGCGCUCAAAACCACCAUAGACUUAACGUGCAAUGAUUAUAUAUCAAAUUUUGAAUUUGAUGUUUUUACUAGGCUGUUUCAACCGUGGAAUACGUUGCUGAGAAAUUGGCAGAUCCUUGCUGUGACGCAUCCGGGCUACGUCGCCUUCCUAACGUACGACGAAGUCAAAGCACGCUUACAAAAGUAUAUCAAUAAGGCUGGUAGUUAUGUUUUCAGAUUAUCCUGCACGCGGCUAGGACAGUGGGCGAUAGGUUACGUAACGGCGGAAGGCGAAAUACUCCAAACGAUUCCCCAAAAUAAGUCAUUAUGUCAAGCUUUACUAGAUGGUCAUAGGGAAGGUUUCUAUCUAUUUCCGGACGGGAAGCCUUACAAUCCGGACCUGUCAUUUGCAGUGCAAAGUCCUCUGGAAGACCAUAUAACGGUGACACAGGAACAGUACGAACUCUACUGCGAGAUGGGAAGCACGUUCCAGCUGUGCAAAAUCUGUGCCGAGAACGACAAAGACAUUAGGAUUGAACCAUGCGGACAUCUGCUCUGUACGCCGUGUCUGACGGCGUGGCAGGUGGACUCCGAAGGACAGGGUUGCCCGUUCUGCAGGGCGGAAAUCAAGGGCACCGAGCAGAUCGUGGUGGACGCGUUUGAUCCGAGGCGGCAGCAUACACGCAAUUCGGCCAACGGUCGACAGCAGCUGCAGAUGAACGAUGAUCACGACGACGACAUCGAGGAUGAUUUCAAUAUCGCCACCUCGUCGCUUCAUGCGCUGAGCAAUAGUAUGACACUGGCACGCAAUGAGAAGCAAAGUCCGCACUCUUCCCCCCGACUGCCCCGACGUCAACCGAAUCCAACGGCUCCGGUGCUAACCAGUAACGAUAUUUACGCAGGCGGCCCAUCGUUACAGUCCCAAACGAACAGCUGUAGCUACGCAUCAAUCUCCUCCAGUAGCUCAUCCACAACGGGUUCCUCCUCCGGUGGAGUACCAUUGGCAGCACUGGUGACAACCCCGGCCGCUUUGGCCGCCGCCGCAGCUGCCUCUGCACCACCCAUGCCUGCUUCUGUUUCGCACACCAUCAAUGGGAACGUGGCUACACACACCAACAUCUCACUGAACAACAAUCACUCCAGUAACAUGUGCACCGGCAGUAGUGGGACCAAUGUCACUCAUAAUAACCCACUGAACAACAUAGCAAAAUGUAAUAAAUCCUCGUCUUCGUGUCUCCUAUCACAGACACAAACUAAUUCAACGGCGGGAGCAAACGUGCAUUCUCAGCAGUUGCAACAGAAUCGACUCAGUGCCCCGGCAAGUUCGUCAAUAGUGGCAUCCGGUGGUGCAAAUCCUAGUAGCUAUUUAAUGUACAAGGCACUUAACAAGGCACUCUCAACGGAAACCCAUUGCAGUUCGCUGGAAUCCCUCUAUCAACAACAGCAAUAUCAUGCCGCAAGGCAAAGUGCAACAACACCACCGCCAUUACCCCCUAGAAAAUCUCCUGGUAGCGUUACAACCACCCCCACCGGUGACGGCAAUCGCCUCAAGCAAGGCAAUACUCGAGGGCAAUCAUCACAACUUUCGGCUGGCCGCAGCACCAAUAAUAGUCAGAACCAAAUAAACUCCGCCUCUAGUCUCUGUAACCUGUCGAAUCAGGUAACUUCCAACCUAAACCUUAGUCGCAGUUCGGAAAACCUCUCGGCGCGCGUGAGCAAUGACAAUCUUGUUCCUAGCACGAAUGCACCUCCCGUUCCCAAACACCAAACCGUAGAACCUAGUCCGGCAGUAUCGAACGGUAGUUGCCCAUGUAGCGCUGUACCGUUACAAAGCCAACCAAUCGAUUCGGAACAGUUCAGUGUGGAGGAACUCGAUAAGGUGAUCGUAGGGCCUGCGGAAACGAUCGUUGGAAUUAUAGACACUCGACCGCUGGAAGCUCGACAACCGAUUAUUCUCAAAGUAGACGAAAAAGCCGACCAAAACCUAGUGCACACCAGUGCAGCCAGUAAUGUCUACCAGUUCAAACCGACCACCAUCAGUUCGAACCUGAACGAAAUCCUGUCCCAAGAAAUAGCAGCAAUCUUUCAGCCUAUGCAACCGGUUCAGCAGCAGCAGCAGCAGCAGCACACACCAAAGCAGCCGCAACCUCAGCCACGACAUCAACACCAACAACAGCAACAGGUCCAGCCGAACGGGCCGGCCGUUAGUCAAAGCUCGAAUCAACAACACCAACGACACCAAUCUUUGCCAGCCAACAACGCUGUCAUCAACGCCAAAGUAACUCCUCAUCCGCCAUCGAAAUCGAUCACGACAUCGCAACUGUCAGCCGCCAUGGCAGCAAUCGGAAAAGCCGCCGUCCCCGCGGCCAGUGGAAGAAGUCUUCUGUACGAAAACAUCAACCUCAGUCUGAAGGGAUGCAACGGAGGGGUCGUAGUAGGCGGUAGCAGCAGUAACAAUAAUCACCUAAACAGCAGUGCAGUGGCGGCUGCUAUGGCCGCGGCCGCCGCUGCUGCCGCUGCCUCUUCCGGUAACGGUGGCAACGGUAACAACAACAACACAAAUGUGCCAUACGAAAACAUCAACCUGGAGUACAUUGCACGGUUGAUGCAGGAGGGUUACUCGAAGGAAAAUGUCAUCACGGCUCUAGGGAUCUCUCGGAACAACAUCGAGAUGGCGUGCGACAUACUGCAUGAGUUUGUCAGCAAAAGUGGUGGGGGAGGUUGAAGGAAACUUGCCGGAUUACUACCGGAAACUACGUUGAAACUGAACAAAAAAUUUGGAACCAUAGACUGCUAACUAGGAAGUUGCGAACGAAUGAGGGUUUUAUUCUGAGUACUAAUAAAUCGACAUAAAAUAGUUGUGAGGUUAGUUUCAAUGGCGGCCAGUACCGCCCUGCGCACGUGUAGAAGAUCUGACAAAAAAAACAAUCAUAGCAAUAUACGAACAACUUUUUUCGAUGUUUUCAUUGUAAAUAGUAAAGAAAAAGUAACACAUCUUGGAGUGAAACUUUAUUUUAGUUCCUUAGUAGAAGGUAAUUGAAUUUAUCGCUGUAUAGGAUUUAGAAUUAACAAAUAUAACUCUAAUACAAUGCAGGUUCCUUUUCUGUUUGUUUUCCUUGAUCUGAUGAUUUAACCAUUCGGCACAUCUUUGAUUUUCCGUUGUGGGUACCUUUCAACGGGAUCUACUGGCAAACAGUACUGUUAUUAAGUGACAUUUUUGACUUUUUUUAUAUUUUUGUAUUUUCAUGGUAAAAUUCUGGAAUUUUUUUUUUUAAACUGAGUUGAACCUUACAGAAGCGCAGUGGAAUUCAUUUUUUUCCGUAUCGAAGGUAGGAUUUUUAUUUCCGGGCAAGCUCGAUUUAGCACAUCUCAAUUUUAUGAUCCGUACAACCGAAAUUCGCUGGCAGAUUUGUCGUUCACGUGGUAAAAAAGGAGCACCUAAUUCACAGGCUAUACAGGUAUUUAGAACUAGUUAGAAGUGUUGAUAUGAUACUUACUUAACAAGAGACCACCAACUCAGCGGAAACCCUCAACUAUGAGACAACGUUGAUUUGACAGUUAGGAAUAGGAUUCACUAAGGAACAAAUUCAAUACAGCUUGGUUACAAUCACAGUUGGCCAAAAUGUGUCAGGUUUAUCAGAUUUAUUGCUCCAGAAAAAAUCAACUUCAAGCCGGUUCAAAAGAUCAUAUUCAGGAGUUUGAAAUAACUAUUUGCUUGUGAAGAAACGCAACAAAUUCACUAACACUUUUAGUAAUGGAACAUUCGUUCAUUGAUACCUUAAGGUUAUUACAUAUCUUUUCAUGAUAAAUCUAAACACCAUUUUCUGAUUAUUGUCUGUUUUGAAAAAUACUCGCACAGAAAAAAAAUGUGUUGAACGCAUUCUCAAAUCAAGUUGGCACAAUCGGCCUGGGUAAUCAAAAAGUCUUUCUCGUGAAUGGGUUUUUGCGCAGAAUAAACACAUGACGCUUUAUUCACAAACUUUCACUGCAUGGAAAGGAUUACUAAAUAGGUUUAACAAACUUUUACAGCAUUUACGCAUUUGCACGUUUUCGUGCUGAUUUUCAGUUUAUUCCUAAAUUAAAAAAAAAAAUAUAACUGAAUAUAUAUACUUAAGUCUCCAAGUUUUUCGCAUAUACAGAACUAGUAAAUAACCAGUUUUUCUUAGAAUCCCAACAUAAACUGAUGAAAUUCGCUGGAAAUUAACAAAAAGGUCUACCUUAGUCAGUAUCAUCCAUUCCUCUAGCUGGAAUGUAAUGAUUUGGCGUAAGCCGCCUAACUUUCACACUAAAACAUUCAUAAAAUUAGCGAAAAUUCAAUGACAUCUAUAAUGCCACUGUCAAUCGGGUCGAUCGAACACCCAGAAACGAGCGGUCGAUUAAGAACUCAUUACUUAUUCCGUCAUUUCGAUAGCGGCCCUUACACGAGAAUUAUUUUUAUCAUUUCUAAUGAUGACUAAGUAAUGAUAUUUCAAAUUUGCAUAAAAAACUCGUCAUUACUGCACCAUACACGUUCAUUAAAAUAAUAUUAUUUUCCAGUAAUGACACUUUUAAUGGUCGUGUAAGGUCCGCUGAUAAUAAGGAUUUUGUUCUCCAUUGUGCUCGAAAAUAGGAACACAAAUAAUUAGUACUGUGCUAUUCAAUUUCCCAUGAUUUAAGAAAACGUCGAAAUGUAGAAGUUUUCUUCAAUACUCAUACAUUACUUGUACUCUCAAGUAGCUGAGGAAUUACUCUUUUCCAGAGUUGGUUCACCUUAUCUGAAUGAGUAGGAUCUUCUUCAAUUUCGAGUAGUUCUUUUUUAAAAAGUGUGCAGAAUUUUUGAUUCUUUUAUUCUGAAAAGUCGUUUUAUUCUGGUUCUAAAAAAUAUUUUUAUUCUAUUAAAGCUUUUUAUUCAAUUUUGGUAAUUUGAAUGAGAAUAUAUUUUCUGUUUAUGAAAAUCUCGAUAAAUUUAAAGCGUGAUUUUUUAAGAGGUUCAAUAAACAAUUCCAAAAUCGCAUUCUCAAAUCCUAUUGAUUUAAAAGAAACAUGCAAAAUUUGAGAAAAUUGAUGAAAUCUUUAUUGACAUAGAUAGAACGAUCAAUAUAAUUUGAUUUGAUAAUAUUACUAACAAGACAUUUAUUUUACCGCAUUGUUUUUUAUUCCAAUGAAAGAAAAUUUCGCAAACAAGUUCUUUGGGAUCUUAGGAAAAAACGUUCAACUGUGGUCCAAUGAUCCAAAGUAUUAGACCAACGAAGGACCACCGUUGAACGUUUUUUUCCUAAGAGGGCACCAGCAUGCUGGCAACCAGCAAUAGUGUAAACGCUACAUAAACAACAACUCAUAUAAAAAAGAUAAAAAUAAACAAACUCGCAUAGAUGCGUGAUGCGACCCGUGAAAAUUUUCAGAGCGAAACCUCGCGAUUGGAGUCCGAUCUAGAGCGACCCCAGCCCGCUUGGCCUUUUGGCUGGCUGGGCAGCCAUGGCCACCAGACGGCUACCAAAAUUGAUUCAGUGACGGCUGUCAAAUGCAAUUUGGCAAAACAAAGUCGUCUGUAUCUUAGUUGGCUGAGCGUUUCCAUCUGUUCACCUUCGCUGAAAAUGUCAAAAAUUUCGAUGUGGAAAAAUCCUGGUGGAUACGGUUGUAUUGUUUGAGGUGAGGCAGUCGGUUACCAGAAUGACUGGGAGCUAUAUUUUGCCCGCUGGCAGCGUUUAGUCAGCCGUCUAGCAGCCAUGCUCAUGCGGGAGGUUGCUAAAACAAACACAUCAAAAGUUGUUUGGGCGACUCUGGGUCAGCUCUCGGGCUGCUCUGAUCAAAGAAAAAAGGUUACACAAAUUCGUACUAGCGUUCUUGAAAAAAGAACUAUUGAAUAUUCAUUCUUUCAAAAGAACUAGUUCUUUUAAGCCGUUCGAGAACGGAUUGCCCAGAUCUAGCUCUGACCGACUUCUUUUGCUUAUCUUCAAGAUAGUUACCUACAUUUUUGUGAGUCCGAUUCAGAUGACUUUGAUGACAGUGAAGUAGUUCAGAUUUUCUCGAUGCACGAGCGAAAUUGUAACGAGUUGGUUUUCUUGCUUCGAUGCCAUUUUCACAACGAAAGAACGAAUGUCAAAAUGUGUCUACUUUUUGGCAUGGCAUAUGGCAUACAAAACAUCAUUCAAACAGUGAAUGUGCAUUAUCUCCUCAAAGAUCGGGUGGGUGAUGUCAGGGAGAUAACCGGAUUGACGAGAGUACUAACAAGACAUUUAUUUUACCGUAUUGUUUUUUAUUUCAAUGAAAGAAAAUAUCGCAAACAAGUUCUUUGGGUUAUUUUUCUCAUCUUGAAAAGGACCGAAUUGCUGAUUUUUCUCGAACAAUGUUCCUGUUGUAUGCAAUUGUUUCUUAGUGUACAGGGCCGUUUUUUCAUAUUGUUUUGCAAUGUUUUAAUAUUGGCAACAAUUCAUCUGAACGUGACACGGUGUGGUUUGGGAUAUAUUAGAAAGAUGGCAGUGUCUUCGCAAUCGAAACGAUAACCGAUUAUAUCUGUUUAAAAAUUCGAUUUCUGGAACACCGAAUUUCAUAUUACUCAAUUUGAUGAUGAUUAAAUCUAAUGUUUAAUGUUCUAAAAAACUAGUGAUAUGUCAAAAUGCGAACGAAUUCAUCUUAAACUAUUUCAGAUUUCAAUAACUUAUUACGUUUAAAAAAUAAAUGAUCAGGUACAAUUUCAUUUGUAAAUUCCCUCUUCACAAUAGAGGUAUAUAUCAAAUAGUUUAUUGAGAUCGAUCCUUAAAAGGCCCUAAAUGUUAUUUUUUCUAAUGUUCAACAAGAUUCAGUGUAUUUUUCUUUAUUGCGAAGCUCUGCUACUGAGUACUCUUGUUCAAUGAGGUUAAAAAUGGCAGAAAUUCAAAAUUUGAAAUAUUCACGGCUUACAACCGACUGAAAAUUUUAUUUAAUUGAACAUAUUUCUGAUGGCAUGGAGCAAGAUUGAUGUUUUUACGUGUAAUGCCACAGAAGAUGUGCACGACUAAAAACUUAUCACUCCACCAGGAGGAAAAUUUUGAAAAGACACCCCGUGCUGAGGACGUACAUUACUUUUCUUAUAUGGUGCACAUCACGGAACGUGACCUAACGAAUUAUAGUAAGGCAUGUUCAUGUCUAAAUGCGUCAAGUUGAAGUUAACUAAUUUUUGAUUGUAACACCCUUUAUUUAUCUUGUUAAAAUGCAUACUGAUUUUAUCAUGUUUUCUACUGAUGUCAUCGUUUACAAAAAAGUAAAUGUUGAGAAAAGGAAAUGUGUCUUCACCUAUCUAACGAAAAAACGACGACCCAUCGGCCACUUUCGUUGGCGACUCGACAUUCAGAUCGUUCGACGACCAUACAAGGGUAGAAUAAACAGAUAAUGAAAAUAUCAAGCUUCAAAGAAGUAAAGACUACUUUGCAACGAAGGAGAAGACUUGUUUUUCAGAGUAAAAUCUUUUGCUGAGUCAUUAGUACUGACAGGAUUACGUAUCUAUAAACGUGUAUUUUUCCAUGUGUCGCUGACUUUUAGUCAGAUAUGAUGUACAAAUAAAGGUAGUGAAAUUCGAAAGAAACAUAGAAGUUCUUACAGUGUAAUAAGUAGCCUUUUUCAAAGACUCAAAGGAGAAAGUUUGGAAAUAAAUCUUAUUAUGAAAUAACAUCAGAAGCCAACAUAAGUGCAGCGUCACAAUUCUAAUGGACACUGACUUGUGUACUUUCAUAUCACAGUAAUGCACGUAUGCGAGCACAUUUCGAUUUGUAUACGACAUUCAUCGAGUAGGUUCUUCGUGAUUAUAGUACAAAAUUAACAUCUCUAAAUGGUUCCGAUUAGAACAAUUUAGCAUGCUGCCGGUUGUGCUACUAUCGAAGUAAGUAUCAUUUCACUCCCCUGUCAAUAUUUGAAAAAAAAACUUACUGAAGGCACAAAUCACAUAAUUCAGUAAUUCACAUUUCCACCAUCACUACAGUCAGUACAGGACCAAACAAGCAAUAGACAACUGGAAGCAACACCACUAAAACCUAUCAAUGAUCACCCCAAAUUUUAAUUUAUAAACCACAAAUUGCUACACAAAUUACUAACCACUGAAGUUAUGACUAAGAAAACUUGCAUAGUAAAAAGAAGUUGUAUAUACUGGAAGGAAAGCAUAUAGACAAAAUGAUCCUAACACAUUAACUGGACGGAUAAACUAAAAUAAACAUGUAACACGUGAGACAAAAAAAAAUGCAAUCAGAAUUAUAGUGAAGCUGAGCGAGAAUUGUAAACUAAAUGCGAUAUCGAAAACGGGGAGUUAAAAACCUGAAAAACUGUAGAUCUGGAGUAAUAUUUAUUGAGAACAUUCUUUGUUUGAUUGUCGUAAUAUCGAGGUAAAACAACCCCCAAACCCGAAAUCAUUCGAAUCUGUCGAAUCGUUAAAUAGCGCAAAAAAAACAAAAAUACUAAAUUUGAUAACCUUCUCCUGAUUCAUUCAUUUCAAUACUUGCACUUUUUUAUCUGGUUAACACAUAUUUAUAGGCAGUUAAAAUUAAACUGAAAAACAACUUACCCGUUGUUAACAACACAAUUUUUUGCAUGAGAUGUAACGCAAAUAUCUGAAAUAUCUUCGAAGGGUCCGAUUUUCGGAUAAAAAAAGGAAAUAGUUAUCUAACAACAAAUGGUAUUGACAAAUUAAAACAGAAAACAAAUUAAAGAAAUAAAUAUUUGAAAAUUAUC